AUGCAAACUGAAGGCGUGGAAGAAGCAGGUGCGUUUUUCCAACGCUUCUGGUUUAAAUGUGAUCUGAAGUGGAGGUAUGUGAAUACCACUUCCAAGCGUGCUGACUCCGACAUCAGGAGGCAAUUUCAAUGGGCCGCCAACACGUGGAUGAGUGCGAUCAAUCAGAACCUACCCAAGCCGGCCAUCCUCACUCUAACCGAAGUGACGGGAAAUAACGAGGAAGCCGACAUCAAACUAGGCUUCCUACAGAAACGCCACGGGGACAACAAGCCGUUCGACUCGGGACCGCUGAACGAGUUCGCGCAUGCGUUCUACCCGUUCGUGACGAAAGACAAGAAGCUCCACGGAAGCAUACACUUCGACAAUGAGGAGCGGUGGGGUAACUCGGGAGAUGGGGAUAUCUUGCCCUUCAUCGCUUUGCACGAGUUCGGGCACGCGCUCGGCCUUCCCCAUGCGACGAUCAAGAACUCUGUCAUGUACCCGUCCAUCGACAGUUCGACGACGUUCAAGAUCCGGCGGCUUUUCGAAGCUGACAUUACGAAUAUUCGAAAUCUCUAUCCGUUCCGUUUGUGUGACCUGUUUAGUGGAUGAAGAUAUUGGCCGCAACUUUUCUCUGAAAUCCGG